UUUAACCUAAGUAUCAACAAAAAUAGUCCAUGCCGCCUCACUAGCUUGAACUUCAAUAGCUAAACCCCCUGAACUGCACCAUUGAGGUUUAGGGGUUUACAAAUGGCUUCAAUUCUUCGUGCAGUUCGUAACCUCUCCCGUUUCACUUCAUCAACCACCAGAACCACACAGAAGAACACUCAUUCACACUCUCUAUCCAGUUCCAAGAACUGCAAUCUCAUCAAAAAAACUGACAACCAAAUCCGACGGUUGCCUCUGCCGGCAUUGACGUCUUACAAGUUCCGGCACGGCGGUGGAAGAACGCCGCCGGUAAGGAAGGCUCACUCUCCUAUCCGUUAUCGCGGCGCGGGCUCGGACGUGUCGCAUAACACGGCGGUGGAGCUUGCAUUGAAUUCAGUAGUCAAGGUUUUCACUGUUUCGUGUAGUCCUAACUACUUGCUUCCUUGGCAGAACAAGGCACAGAGAGAAACAAUGGGUUCUGGGUUUGUAAUUCUAGGCAGAAAGAUUCUCACGAAUGCUCACGUGGUAGCUGAUCAUUCAUUUGUACUUGUAAGGAAACAUGGUUCUCCAACCAAGUAUAAAGCAGAAGUUAAAGCUGUUGGUCAUGAAUGUGACUUAGCUAUAUUGGUUGUUGAGAAUGAUGAAUUUUGGGAUGGUAUGAAUCCCUUGGAGUUUGGAGACAUUCCGUUUCUACAAGAAGCUGUUGCUGUUGUGGGAUAUCCUCAAGGUGGUGACACCAUUUCUGUUACUAAAGGGGUCGUUUCCAGGGUUGAACCUACACAAUAUGUACAUGGUGCAGCCCAGCUGAUGGCAAUACAAAUAGAUGCAGCCAUAAAUCCAGGGAAUAGUGGUGGCCCAGCAAUUAUGGGCAAGAAGGUUGCUGGAGUAGCAUUCCAAAAUCUUUCAGGUGCUGAGAAUAUAGGUUACCUUAUACCUGUACCUGUAAUAAAGCAUUUUAUAUCUGGUGUAGAAGAAAAAGGGAAGUAUAUUGGAUUUUGCUCUCUGGGUUUGUCAUGCCAGACUACUGAAAAUGUACACCUCAGAAACCAUUUUGGCAUGCAACCUAACAUGACUGGGGUGCUUGUAAGCAAAAUAAAUCCACUUUCAGAUGCAUACAAAGUUUUGAGGAAAGAUGAUAUUAUACUUUCAUUUGAUGGUGUGCCUAUAGCGAAUGAUGGUACAGUUUCUUUCCGAAACAGAGAACGGAUAACAUUUGAUCACUUGGUGUCUAUGAAAAAGCCUAAUGAAAAUGCAAUUGUUAGAGUUCUGCGGGAUGGCCUAGAGCAUGAACUUAGUAUCACUCUCCAACCUAUCCAGCCCUUAGUUCCAGUUCAUCAGUUUGAUAGACUUCCAAGUUAUUACAUUUUUGCUGGUUUGGUAUUUGCUCCUCUCACCCAGCCAUACCUUCAUGAGUACGGGGAAGACUGGUAUAAUACAUCACCUCGUCGUUUGUGUGAACGGGCAUUGAGAGAAUUACCCAAGAAAGCAAAUCAGCAACUUGUUAUCUUGUCUCAGGUCCUGAUGGAUGAUAUCAAUGCUGGAUAUGAGCGUCUUGCAGAGUUACAGGUUUUGAAGGUUAAUGGAACAGAACUAGACAAUCUAGAACAUUUACGCCAACUUGUUGAAAACUGUAGCACAGACUGCUUGCGGUUCGAUUUGGAAGAUGAUAGGGUCAUUGUCUUGAACUAUGAAACGGCAAAAAUUGCCACUUCUAGAAUUUUGAAGCGUCACAGAAUACCUUCAUCAAUGUCUGUUGAUCUUAUUGAUGCACAGAAUAAUUUACAAACUGGGCCGACUUUUUCACAUUGAGAUUGCAGUUACUCAUUCGUCAAUAAGAGAGCAUAUUGGUAUGUUAGUUUUGAACAAUCAUUCUGAUUUUCUCUUAAAUUUAUGUAAACUUUGACAAUGGAUUUUCCAUAUGAUUAUUGUUAUUGAUUUUUUACCUUAUUACUGGACUAACCAUGUAACAACUCUUGAAACUAUAAUAGGCCUCACAAUGUAACUUGAAAAAUAGAUAGUAUAUUGUGUAUGUGUGCAGGCUACAGUUGUUUUAUUA